AUGGCUAAGUCGAGCCGGAAGGACCUGUACUCAGUGAUUCUCCCAACCUUCAACGAGCGCCAAAAUCUGCCAAUUAUUACCUGGCUACUCAAUCGCACAUUCUCCGAACAGAAACUUGACUGGGAGCUAGUAAUUGUCGACGACGGCUCGCCCGACGGUACGCAGGAUGUCGCGAAGCAGCUAGUCAAAGCAUAUGCGCCGCACGUCCAGCUUCAGCCGCGGACCGGCAAGCUGGGCCUGGGCACCGCAUACGUACACGGCUUGAAGUUUGCCAAAGGCAACUACAUCAUUAUUAUGGACGCCGACUUUAGCCACCACCCCAAGUUCAUCCCGCAGAUGAUUGAGAAGCAGCGUGUCGGCGGCUACGAUAUCGUUACGGGCACGCGCUACGCCGGCAACGGCGGUGUCUAUGGCUGGGACCUGAAGCGGAAGCUGACGAGCAAAGGCGCCAACAUCUUUGCCGACACAGUGCUCCGCCCCGGCGUCAGCGACUUGACGGGCAGCUUCAGGCUGUACAAGCGUAGCAUCUUGGAGAAACUCUUUGAGAGCACCGAUGCCCGCGGCUUCACGAUGCAGAUGGCACUCGCCGUCACGGCCAAGGCAAAGGGUCUCUCAAUUGGGGAGGUGCCCAUCUCAUUUGUCGACAGAGUAUACGGCGACAGCAAGCUGGGCGGAGAGGAGAUUGUAGAAUACGCCAAAGGCGUCCUUCAGCUUUGGUGGACGACAUGA